AUGGCCAAGAUUUAUAGCAAGGAGCAGCGUCAGGCGCUGGAAGCACAUUUCAGGAUGGACAGGUACCCCUCUGCCGAGGCUCAGAAGGCCCUGGCUGCCAGACUCAACCUAAAGGACUCCCACGUGAAGGUGUGGUUCUUGAGGCGCCGGGCUGCCUCUCUUCCACCAAAGCCUGCAUCAAGGGUGCAGCGUCUACAGGGUCUGCGCCCUCUGCAGGGGCCCGCCGUGUGCACCCACUUCCUCCUCUGCUCCGGGCCCCACGCCUGCCCAGCUCCUGCCCCACACGAGCGGCCUGGGCCUGGGCUUGAGGGUGAGGGUACCCCUGGGCCUCCAGCCCCUGCCCCGGAUGCCCAGGACACCUUCAGGAUGCUCUCUGUCUCUACCGGGACCCCUGAAUUCCUGGAGGGGGCGACCCCUGAGGACCAGGAGAAGGCAGGCUCAGCCAGACUGGGCUCCACCUCGUGA